ACGAAACAGGACAAGGUAAAAAUCAAAGAGACGAGACCAUGAGAUUUUUCAAAACAAGGAAAAUACGAUCCCGUCGUCAUAAUGACAAGGUCCGUUACAUAUGGCGGGUUCCACGAGCUUUCUUCUUCCUCUUCUUCUUCUUCUUCUUCUUCUACUUUCCCACUGUGUCUGGAGAAACCCUUUCUGAAACUAUCUCAGCACAGAAGAAGAGGCCGCCUCCAUUUAUAUUCGCAUUCAUUUCGCAUCCCAACUUUUUUUUCCUUUUUUUUUUUUUCACGCAUCUCCAGGCUCUUUCCUUUCUCUGUUAUUUUUUAAUAUAUAAAAAUAUGAUCAACUGAAUGCCCGUAGCAAAGCAACAAAAUACUCCAUAACCCAGUUUCAGUUUCAUUGAAAUUUCAAAACUACUCUGUCGAUUUCUUCUGCCACCUCGCAUGGACCGUCGGAUUUAUUUCCACCCAUUUCGUCGUUUCAGUCUUUGUUUCGCUCUUUCAUGCACCCAAUUAAACCUCUCCAUGUUCUUCCAUGGCGUUUUGAAUGUAUAUGCAGAUAAAGCAUUUUAUUUGCUCUAUAUAGUGUACUAGUAUGUUAUCCGACUGGUUUUCUCCAUUAAACUCAAGAACUUGCUCGCCCUUGCCUUUUUGACUCGACUGUGAUAGAUUCGCCCUUGGAUCUAACUUUCUUCCUCUUCAUUCAUGAACCCGGAAUUAAUUCCCAACAGAAAAAUGCUUCCUCCUCCUUCUAGCUUCUAUGGAUGGGCGCCAUGAGCAAGACGACCACCAAUACGUCGCCGUUUCACACGACAACCCGACCUUACCCUCUUUGCAUAUGGGUUGCGGAGGAUCCAAAGCCGACGAUUUACCAUUGGUGAGACUCUGCAGAGAGCGAAGAGACCUCAUCAGAGCCGCCUCCCAUCACCGCUACGCGCUUGCUGCCGCUCAUCUCGCUUAUUUCCAGUCCCUGAAAGAUGUCGGCGACGCGAUCCGGAAGUUCGUCGACGAAGAGCUCGUGAUCGCCUCCCCCUCUGCCUCUUCCUCCCCGGACUCUCCCGUCCUCAACUUGCCCUCCGACGAGGGCAAAUCUGCCAGAAACAAAACCAAGAUUUCUUCUUCCUCUACUUCAAUUUCGCAUAAGGAAGAAGACAUUGAGGAUUCCCAUUUGCAUUUGUCAUCUCCGUCCGGGUCGUUAUCCGGAUCCGACUCCCCCUCGGGUCACAUCCACAAUGAUGACAGCUCCGGUCACAUCCACUUCGAAAGCAGCAGCCCAGAGAAGGAAGAAGAGAUGCCGGAGAUUUAUCCUCCUCGAUAUGGUUAUCCCAUGGGGAACUGGGGUUUUCCUGGUGAAAAUUCCGGUAUGUAUUACAUGAAGAAGUCUGCAACACCGGCGCAAUCGUUCAUAUACGAGGACCCGGAGAGGCACCAGACGGCAAAUAUGCAGUGGCAGGGUCCUGGGUAUGGCUAUCCCGGUUAUUUGCCAUAUCCACCUGCCGGAUUUUUUGGGUACUCGCCGCCGAAUGAGUCCUAUAAUCGGCAGCCAAGCCCGCCACCUCCGCCUCCGGCGCCACCCUCUCCACCGAGUGUCUCCACGUGGGAUUUCCUGAAUGUGUUUGAGACAUUCGAUGCUAAUAGUUCUGGGUAUCCAAGUUACUAUCCGCAGAGUAGAUAUGGGUAUGGCUAUGGGUCGACCACGAGUAGUCCUGAUUCAAAGGAAGUUAGGGAGAGAGAAGGGAUUCCUGAGUUAGAAGAAGAGACUGAGCAGCAAGUGGUUAAAGAGGUUUUUGAAGAGAAGAAAAAGUUGAAUGAACAUGAAGAUAAGCAUCCGAGUAAUAAGAACAAGACCAUGAAUUCAGGUGAGGGGACUUCAAGGGCAGUUCCCCGGCAAAAUGAUGCCGAGGGUGUUUCAAGUUCAAAGGGUGUUAUGCCAUCAUCACUGAACAGCGAGAGUACAGAUGCUGCUACUCAGGGAAAAGAAAGUAAUAGUAGCCAUUAUACUUCUGUGUCAAAGAGUUCUGAGGAGGAGCAAGCGAGGAAAAAAGGGGUGACUUUUGAGGUUGGGGAGACAUCGACUAGCAAUGUUGAAUCUUCAGAACCGAGUAGCUUAUCCGCAUUGUCUGUUCAUGGCACCAGGGACCUUCAGGAGGUUGUGAAGGAAAUCAGGGAUGAAUUUGAGACUGCCUCUAGUUAUGGCAGAGAGGUGGCUAUGCUGCUCGAGGUCAGCAAGUUGCCUUAUCAGCGCAGGAACACUGGAUUUAAAGUGAUAUUUUCCAGGAUCCUGUAUCUGGUGGCACCUUCAGUUUUGUCUUCACGUCGUCCACUCAGGUCAUCAAUACGAUUAACUUCUAGAAUAAUGAAAAUGGCAAAAGCAUAUAGUGCAGAACCGGACAAAGACUUCAAUCUGAAGCCUGGAAACCUUUCAUCAACUCUGGAGAAACUUUAUGCAUGGGAGAAGAAACUAUACAAGGAAGUCAAGGACGAGGAGAGGCUACGGGUUGUGUAUGAGAGGAAGUGCAAGAGACUCAGAAGUUUAGAUGACAGAGGAGCAGAAUCUAGCAAGAUUGAUGCUACUCGGGCUCCAAUAAGGAAGUUGCUGACUAAAAUCGAUAUUUGUAUAAAAUCUGUUGAUUCCAUAUCAAGCCGAAUACAUAAGUUGAGGGAUGAAGAACUGCGGCCGCAACUCACCGGGUUAAUUCACGGGUUGAUAAGAAUGUGGAGGUCCAUGCUUAAAUGCCACCAGAAACAAUUCCAAGCAAUAAUGGAGAGCAAGGUCCGCUCUUUUAAAGCGAACAUUGGUUUACAAAGAGAUUCGGGUUUAAAAGCUACUCUGGAACUUGAGAUGGAGCUUCUGAAUUGGUCUACUCACUUUAAUAAUUGGGUUGGAACCCAAAAAGCUUAUGUUGAGUCCUUAAAUGGGUGGCUCUCAAGGUGCCUUCUCUAUGAACCUGAAGAAACUGCUGAUGGUUUUGCCCCUUUCUCUCCAAGCCGCAUUGGAGCUCCACCAAUUUUUGUAAUAUGCAAUGACUGGUAUCAAGCGGUUGUGAGAAUAUCAGAAAAGGAGGUGGCCAAUGCCAUGAAUGAUUUUGCAUUAGGCCUACACCAGUUAUGGGAGAGGCAAGAUGAGGAGCAGCGCCAGAGGAUUAAAGCAGAAUACAUGUCAAAGGAUUUUGAGAAACGGCUGAGGACCUUGCGCAUGGAGAGGGGAAAAUUGGAGGAUGACCAGGAUGCAUUGUCAGAAAAGACUGCAAUAUCCAAAGUCACUUCUGAAAGUGGAAUCUCUAAAUUAGAUGACCUCAAGGUUGAUUUGGAUUCCAUGAGGAAGAAACUAGAAGGGGAGAGAGCCAGACACAAGGAAGCCAUCAAAUCAGUGAACAAAGCUGCUUCGAGCAGUUUACAAGGAGGUUUAAUCCCAAUCUUUGAGUCUCUAGGCAAUUUCACUUCAGAGGUUUUGAAAGCUCACGAGCAAGUUAGACUAGAAAAUACUGGAAACCCGUGAGAAACGCCUGAUCUGGGUUUGCAACGCCCCAGUGGAUCAUGCUUCGUUUUGUACAGUUGCCAUGAAUUCAACAGCGAGAUCAGCAGAAAAACUGAGUUAUUAGAAUGUUAGGUGUAAGAGAAUUGAACUCUUGAUAUGUUAACAACCUUGAGAAAGCUAAGGUUGCAAGGAAAGAGAUAUGCAGAGCUGAUAGAAUACUAGGGGAAGCCUAGGAGGUUGAGGUUGCUGGUCUGAAAUUUUGGUUUAGGCAUAAGUUAUAACCCCUUUGAAUAGAUAGGUAGGAGUUUUUUUUGUACAGAAAUUCGUUUAUUGGUUGAUUUGUUGUUAGUUGGAAGAGGUGUUUUAGGAGUAGGCCCUUUAUAGCCAGCCAAGAAACUUCAAAAUUUUGCUUUAUUAUUCUAUUUAGUUUUCCUCAUAUACAUUCAUUAUGAAACAGCAGCACGUUAAACA